CCUCUUAUAGCAUUAGGAGCAGGAGGACUAGGACAUUUGUGUGACAAAUUUUGAGAUGUGUGAACUUCCCUUUGAUUUGCAAUGAGACCUCUCUCUCUCUCUCUAUCUCUGUGUUCCUCUCGCUGUCUCUCUCUGUGUGUCCCUCUCUCUGUUUCUCUCUCUCUCUGUUUCUAUUGUGUCUAUGAGUUCGCCUCUCUGCUCAGGUCUGAGGCCCUUGCUCAGGAACGCCGUAUGCCGCAUGCUUUGAAAACUGAAGCUGAGGCGUCUCCACUGAGAAUGAUCAAUAACUUCUUAAAAGUGAAGGGGGCUUUUGUCCGACAGCUCCUUACUACUAACCUCGAGACGCUGCGAAAAGAUCAAUUUGAAAACUUCAGAGAUGUGCUGUGCAAGACACCCGUGAAGGACCUUGUCCGUGCAGGAGAUGAAUUUCUUGACGAACCCAACACAUUCCAUAGGGAUGCCAGCCUAGAAACCAUUGUCGAGGAUUUGAUAGGCAAAUGUGGCCGGACUUACGCACUGACGGCAGCUGCGACAGUGAUGGAAAAAAUAGGGAGAAGGGACCUCGCUAAAGAACUCCAGGGAGAAGAAGAAGCCCUGCACGUGACCGAAUGUCUGAGAAGAAAACCAAAAGGUGAAGUAAACCCAGAGGACAGGUUUCUUUUGUGGAUUUCUCCAAGAUUUUCCCUCCACUUUAUCCUGCCCACAACUUUCUUCGAAGGCAUCCCAGCGUUGGAAAGACACAGCAGCAAGGGCUGAUCCAAGCGCUCUAGCGAAUUAGAUAAAACAGUGAUUGCUUCUGUGAUGUUGCACUCUACAUGAUUUUAUGAAAAUUUGCUAAUGAGGGCGAAUCUAUCGUAACUGGAACAUGCUUCAUGCAAAAGGUCUCUUGUAAGGUAUCAUUACAAAGCUUAUAAUGUCCUGA